AGCCCAGCUCUUGGGCUGUAGUUGUCGCCUGUUCUCCGAUAAUGGAUUUGAACCGUAUACCUCUGCUUUUGCUACAUUUCUUUGUUGGAGAUGCCAUUGCGACGGAUUUAGAGCCAGGCUCAUUCUCCUUGAAGUGUCCAAAAACCAUGGAAGCAGAAAUCGGUGACACAGUGAUUCUGCCGUGUUCCACUGAUCCUCAAACCAAUGUCAUUAGAGUGGAGUGGAUGGUAAAUGAGACAACUGAGGUCCAUGUGUGCAGAAAAGAUAAAGAUGAGCUUGCUCACCAAGCAAGCAUCUAUGAAGGAAAAACAUCUGUUUUUCAAAAAGAACUACCAAAAGGGAACUGUUCACUGCAACUGGUGGUUUCUCAGUCUCAUUUCGGGACAUACAGGUGCUCUGUACUUACAUCAAAGAAAACCAAAGACAGUUGUGUUAUAAAUCUCACUGCAGUCAGUGGAAAAGGACCAAACCUAUCUCCGAACAGUACCAUGGCUGGCUUUCAACUUCCUCAUAAUGCAACUAUUGGAGUUGUACUUGCUGUUCUUGCUGUACUUGGUGUACCUGCUGCUUGCUGUAUCUUGUUUUGGUGGAUUAAAAAGAAGAAACAAGAAAAAAUGCAGGAAUGCUUACAAAUGGAUGAGUGCCAGCCACUGGACAACAACCAGGACAACAACCAGGACAACAACCAGGACAACAACCAGGACAACAACCAGGACAACAACCAGGACAACAACCAGGACAACAACGACCCUCUGAUGAAGGAUUCACCGCGUUAAUCGGCAGAACUGUGUCCUUCAGUGUUUUUGUCGUGUGUGUGUGGGGGGGGAGCUGUUUUGUUUUUUACAUAUAAAACAUCUCUAGUUCUUAACAGACACCAGUCUAUCCUGAGCAUGAUGUGCUCACUCACCAUGUCGGCCCAGGGGGGCGGGCUUCACAUAGGUGUGUGUGCCUGCCUGUGUAUCGAUAAAGACACCACAGAGGCACUGAUGAACCACCUAGUUGUGUAAAGUCUAGAUUAUACUUGAGCAUGGAUGUCAAACAUAAGGCCUGGGAAAGUGAAACAAAUUUAGAAAAUGUGAAGCAGGGCAGAAAUUGUGGACUGUAUUUUAAUCCAUUUUACAAUAUUUUUCUAUUGACCUAACCCAAUGGCCAGACAUCCUACACCAGCGCUAGGAAGUAAUACAUAUAAAAAGGAAUGAAAUGACAGAUGUUUUAAUAUCAAUAUUUAUAAUACUAAAAGAAAGCCUUAAAGUCCAGCUUGACCAAAGGCCUUAAAGCUGUUAUAGUAUUACUGAAGGGUCUGUAGCAUUAUAUACACGGACAUAGCUUCCUGGCUGUGAAAAUGAAGCCAAUACUGAAGUGCCUUAAAACCUGCGUUCUCGCAGAAUGCAAAAACAAAACUUGAUAUCCUAUGAGGAAAAAACUUUUUUUUUUCUUUUUAGUUCCCGCUGGUAAAUGUGAUCAAAAAAUUUUAACACUAAAAUACAAUUAUUGAAAUUUACUGUUUUACAAAAACUUGAUCUACAUUUUAAAAUUUAUGCACAGACAGAACAUGUUCAGCCUAAUGUACCCUCUAUUAUAUCAAUCUAUGAAUCUAAUAAUGAGUGUUCUUUGAACUGACUAAAAUAUUAAUUAAGAAGCAAGUUUACAUUUUAUGUAUAACCAUCCUAAAACUACAUUCCUAUGUAGCGUGCCAGAGCUUUAUAUAUGGCCUCAGUACUGUCGACCCAUAGUCAAACCAACCCAAAUUGUUCAAUGGUCAGUGUUGGGGAGUAACAGAAUACAUGUAACGCCGUUAUGUAUUUAAAAAACAAAAUAUGAAUAACUGUAUUCCAUUACUGUUACCGUUUAAAAAGGUGAUAUUCAGAAUACAGUUACUCCGUGAAAUAAAUGGAUUACACGGUGGUCCUUUCCUGUUUUAUGUAUUAGGCUAUGCCCUCUUUUUGGUAUUUCCACGCUGGUGGAAAUCCAAACAAAACACAUGUUAAGAAGCUCUCGUGCUUGUGCCUCAAUCUCACGGCCCAUAUCGCCUGUAUUUGCGGCCUGCAUAAUGACGUGAAGAAUUUUUUUUUUUUAAAUUUUUUAAUAUGAAGGCAAUAUUAGCAGAGUGUUACAGCCAUAUCCCUAAAGAAUGUAGUCUGAUGGGCAGUGUAGUCCGUGUUGCAGAGACAAUGGACUGCCAUACCUGUUAAGUGUCUGAGUGUCGAGAGAGUAGAAAAGUACGAGUUGUCAUCAAGCAGAAACAGGAGAUGGAAGCAUGUAAAUAUAAUAAUAACCACUGCAGCCAAACAGAGUGCCU